UGAACGAAGCGGACUGAUUGUUGCCACUUUCGCGCAAAGUUAUCUCGUUUUUUUUUUAUUUAUUGCUGCUGCCACUGUUCACAAGAAGAUUAAUUAAUUUAUUUAUUUAUUACCUGAAGAGGAGAACACAAUCCGAUAACAGAUAGUUUAGUUUGGCGAAGUGUUGAAAAGAACAGAUUGUAAAAGUUAUUGAAGAUUCUAGUGAAAAGUGUUUAAUUACUACCAAAGGUGAUACUCGCAAAACGAGGGAGAAAAGUCUAACAAAAGUGUGAAUGUUUACAACAGAUGACUUAAGGCCGCUGAUAAGAGUUAUCUGUUGCGAGCAAGCUAGCAGGCAAAUUACACUAAUGAAUCCAAUCGGACGCUCCGACCGUUAAAAGAAAAAAUAGCAAAAAAAAAAGUACACACACAAAGUGUGUGUGUGCAAAAUCAGUGAAAUUACACCUCGAGACAGAGCGGUAGACGAAUUAAAAAUCACGAAUAAUAUCGCCCCGAUAGACUUUGAGGAUAAAAUAAACAAAGUUGCGAAUGACUUAAGCAAACGCAGGAAAGAGAAACAUAUUAAAUUGUACUGUUCGAGCACUGACUUGAACUGAUUACUGUCUGCGGACGUACCUCUAGUUAAGAAGUGUGAGGUGUUUUUAAAAAAAAUCCAGUAGCGGCAGUUCGGUAGCAAGCAAGCUAGUAGUGCAUACAAAAAUUUAAGUGCGCGUGCAAGCGAAAGUGCGCAAUUAAGUCGAAAAAAAAACGGACUAACUUAGUUAUUCAUCUAGCUUAAUUUAUUGACUCCGAAAGUGCGAGUCAACUUUAUCCAACUAAGUGGAAACUAUCGAUCAGUCGAUAGUAAAAAUAAACUCAAAAAUCACAAUGGCCCAAGAAAUGAUGUUCUACCCCAAGGAAACGACCCCACAAACCGUUCCGGCUGGCGAUUUUACGCCCGACUUCUUUGCAUCUUACGCCGAGCUGUUUGAUCUUUCACUGCUGACGCCGAGUGACGGAGAAGUGCCCUUGAGUCCACAAUCCCAACAGCAGCGUCAGCAGCAGCAAACUCAACUUCACCAGCAGCUGCUGCAGCAGCAACAAUCAAUGAUCCAACAGCCGGUAGUGUCCCAGCAGAAUCAAUCACCCAGCUACAUUCCGGCCACGAUCUUCCACGACGUUCCGCCAGCUGCUGCUGCUCAAUCAAUGAAACAAGAAAAAUCCUGGAACGAAGCAGCGGAAUCAUCGCUCAAAUCGGCACUUCUCGAGCAGCUCCAAUCCGGGCCCCAGUAUCAGUACUACACCAAUACGCUGCUGAGUCCGCCUCAAGAUCAACAGCAGUUCGCGAUCUUCCCGCCAUCGCCGACUCCAUCGAUACCGGACUUUCAAAAUUUCGUCACCACAAUCAAACAGGAGUACUGCUCGCUGCCGCCAUCGCCACCCGAUUCAAACGGAGCUCCAUCCCCGAUCCAUUGUAGCGAAAUCAAAACCGAAUUCGACGUGGAACCAACGAUCGAUCUAGACUCCCUACUGCUAGGGACAGCAGGAGCUCCAUCGAAAGAGGAGACGUCAGAACAACAGCAACAACAACCAUCAGCCCUCAUCAAGCAGGAGUUCCAGAUCCUGCGGGAGCACCUGCAGCAGGACAGCCUCCAGCGCCGACACCAACUGAAAACGCUCGUUGAGCUGGAGUCGCUGAUCGGCGGUCUGACGACCCGUGCCGACAUCGGCUCGGUUUUCGAGCUCGCGCUGCAGGAUGUGCAGGACGGCAUCCAGGCGACCUGCAAUGCCCUCGGGAUUUCACCGGAUCCUCGCCAAUGGUCAACGGGGCAGGUUCAGCAGUGGCUGGAGCUAGCGAUGACCAAAUACCAGCUCAUGCCACCGGUCAGCAUCGCGGCCCUGUUUCCGGAAAGUGGGGACCAGCUGGUGCAACUGCCGAUGGACGAGUUCGUGCGACGAAUUCCGCAGGGUGGUGACAAAUUGCACGGUCACCUGGAGCUGUGGAAGCAAAUUUACCGGUCGACGCUGAUACCGGGCAUCGGAGAGGUGCCGGAAGCGGCCAGUCCCGAGCCGGGCAUCGUUGGAGCCGGAUUGGAUUCCAGCUCCUUCGAUACGGAAUCGCUCAACGGGGAUCUCAGUGAUGGUCAAACUGAUAAUCCCCCAUUCAUUGAGGCUCCGUUUAUUUAAGCGCCAUUCGCUGGAUCGCGUUUCAUUGCCUGCACGAGUUCAUCG